AUGCGCUUUAACGCCGCGUUCGCCUCGGCUCUGGUCUCCUCGGCCUCUCUCAUGGGCUAUGCCCAUGCCGAGGAGUCGGAAGCUGCUGAUCCCACCGUUGCGGUCGCUGAGAAGCCUACGUUCACGCCGACCAACCUCAAAGCUCCCUUCCUAGAGCAAUUCACCCAAGGUUGGGAAUCCCGGUGGAAGCGUUCGAACGCGAAGAAAGACGACCCCAAGUCGGACGAAGACUGGGCCUAUGUUGGCGAAUGGGAGGUCGAGGAACCUUUCAUGUUCCAGGGUAUCAAAGGCGACGAGGGUCUGGUCGUGAAGAACGCGGCCGCCCACCACGCCAUCUCUGCCAAGUUCCCCAAGAAGAUUGACAACAAAGGGAAAACCCUCGUGGUGCAGUAUGAAGUCAAGCCGCAGAACUCUUUGGUGUGCGGUGGUGCCUACCUGAAGCUUCUUCAGGAGAACAAGAAGCUCCACCAGGAGGAAUUCUCCAACGGUACCCCGUACGUUAUCAUGUUCGGUCCCGACAAGUGCGGUACCACCAACAAGGUCCACUUCAUCUUCCGUCACAAGAACCCCAAGAGUGGCGAAUACGAGGAGAAGCACCUGGACAGCCCUCCCGUCGCCAACACCUCCAAGGUCACCUCCCUGUACACUCUCAUCAUCAAGCCCGACCAGACCUUUGAGAUCCUGGUCAACGGCGAAUCCAAGAAGUCGGGUAGCCUCCUGGAGGACUUCAGUCCCCCGGUGAACCCCCCGAAGGAGAUCGAUGACCCCAAGGACAAGAAGCCUUCCACCUGGGUCGACGAGCCCAAGAUCCCUGAUCCCGAGGCGACCAAACCCGAAGACUGGGAUGAGGAGGCUCCGUUCGAGAUCGAGGACGAGGAAGCCACCCAGCCCGAGGACUGGUUGGUGGAUGAGCCCGACAGCAUCCCCGACCCCGAGGCUGAGAAGCCCGAGGACUGGGAUGAUGAGGAGGACGGUGACUGGAUUGCCCCCACGGUUCCCAACCCCAAGUGCGCCGAGGUCGCUGGCUGUGGCGUGUGGAAUCGCCCACAUAAGAAAAACCCCGACUACAAGGGCAAGUGGUCUGCGCCUCUGAUCGACAAUCCGGCCUACAAGGGCCCCUGGGCGCCGCGCAAAAUCGCCAACCCUGGCUUCUACGAGGACAAGACCCCGGCCAACCUGGAGCCCAUGGGUGCGAUCGGUUUUGAAAUCUGGACCAUGCAGAGCGACAUCCUGUUCGACAAUAUCUACAUUGGUCACUCUGUCGAGGAUGCGGCCAAGCUUCGCCAGGAAACCUUCGAUGUCAAGUUCCCCAUCGAGACGGAAGAGGAGAAAAUCAACCAGCCCCCGGCCGAGAUGCCAGACGAGGGCACCACCGUUAACUUCAAGGACGACCCCGUCACUUUUGUCCGCCAGAAGGUGCACUACUUUAUCGAGCUGGUUCAGGAGGACCCCGUCAACGCCGUCAAGACCUUGCCCGAGGUGGCUGGUGGCCUCGGUGCACUCUUGGUGACGAUGAUUCUCAUCGUCGUGAGUGCCAUUGGCGCCAGCAGCCCCGCUCCCGCCCCGGCGAAGAAGGGCAAGCAGGCCGCCGGUGCUGCCAAGGAGAAGGCAGGCGAGGCUGUCAGCUCAUCCGCCGACACCGGCAAGAGCGGUGCCACCAAGCGCACCACUCGCUCCUCUGCCGAGUAA